UUUAGUUAAUUGUGAAAUUUAAGGAGGAGAGAUUGUUAUUUGAAACAGAAGAGGGCAAAUGAAUUCUGGUCAAACGAGACUGGUUAACUUUAACCAGUUAACCGGGUUUUUCUUGGGUUAUAACCAGUUGAAGUUGAUCAAUCUAAUUCCCUGUUUUUUAUACUUCUCAUUAUGUAUAUCAUCAGUAUGAUACUUUAGACUCUAAAUUACAAAAUACCGGAAAUAAAUCGCCAUCAACAAGCAACAAACUAACCAACAUUCAAAAAUUACCUAGACUAUUGUUUAACUGUUUAAUUUAAUUUCCCUCCAAUUUUUCGCUCCCAAAUCCUUAUCUCGAUCAAAGGAACAGACAUUUUGUUUAUUAUUCACCAGUUUACUCCUUCUAGAUCUUUCUUAUAUCUUUUGUCUGUUUUUGUAUCAACUUUGUUUUUACUUAAACCUCAUGAUAUUCAAUGUUUUACUUAAUCAAUUUCCCAAGGAAACUAAUCUACCGUCGAUUAGUAGGAUCAACAACUUUAAGAAAUCAAUCAUCCUUUAUUCAUUAUUAUUUUUAAUCAUCAAUCUAAAUGAAGUUAAAGGACAAAGGUUUCCUUUUCAGUCAUCAGUGUCAUCAAAUUCACCCUCAACUUCAUCAUUAUCAUCUUUUUUGCCAUCGAUUUCGACCAAUCUAUGGAAUCAAUUGUCCAACGGUAAUCGACGAGUUGAUGAACAACUUGAGCAAGGACCUAUAUUCUUAGGUGGAAGUUUUGACUUUGAUUUAAAUGAGUUGGCCCAUCUUAUUCAACCUAUGUACAAUUUGAUCAAAAACUCUGAAAUUGUAAAAGUUGACCAAGGUGGAAACAGAGGGAAUUCUGGUAAUCAUGGUGGAAAUAAUAAUGAUCAAAUGCUUGCUUCAGCAUCAAAACCUGGAUGGACGUUUUCACCUUCAUUUGGUUCCGGAUCAACUCAGAUUAAACCACUGAUAACUCUUGCUGUACCCGAGAUUGAAUUUCUUAACAGCAACAACAACAAUAAUCCUAAUCAUAAUGGUAACCUAAAUAUGAAUAAUAAUAACCAGCCUAAUUCCCAUCGGAUAUCAUCACAUCAACUUUACAACAGUUUAAAUGGCCGUCCUGUACAAGGAGUCGAUCCAUAUUUAGCAUCCGCAUCCGGUGACCUUGGCCCUUUAUCGUCUCCAUCAUCUAAUUUUAAUAACAUUAAUCGUGGUUCCUCUUUAACCUCUACAAAUGGCAGAAGGAAAAAGAAACGAAAGCCAAACAGUAAAUCAAAGCGUAAACCAUUAAUUCAAAUUGUCGAUGAUGAGGAAGAUAAUGAUGAUCAUAAUAGUGAAGAGGAUGAAACUGAUAGCUUAAUACCAAUGUCAUCAAAUGCUGGUAAUAAAAAUAAUAAUGGCGAUGAAGAAGAAGAUGAUCGUAAAGAUUCUGACGAGAAUCAAGCUCUCGAUCAAAUAUUGGAAAUGGGUUUGCCAAACUUUUUAUUAGAAGAAGUGUUUGGCUUGAAUCGAAAACUAUUGAGACCAGGUAAAAUAUUAGCGCAUUUAACAUUCGGAGCUUUAGCUAGAGGAAUGAUUAAACGUUUUUUCAAAACCUUCCUGUCCCGAUCAUCACCAGAAAGAGGUUUACUCCGUCGAGUAGCUGAUAAAAGUUGUCGAUCAGUUAAGGGCUUGAGCUUGCGAGACUCGGUUAUUUUACCUUUAGGUGUAGCUGUAACCCUUCACCCACUUCUGCUUCCUUUGAUGCCCUUUAUGCUUUUCACUUUGGGCUCAUUGAAAGCUAUUGAAUCAGCAACAUGUUAUGUUAGCCAUGCUUUUCGAUAAACUCAUCAUCAAUAGAUAAUUGAUUUCUCUAGUAAUUUACUUUUACUUCACCUUUUAAUGCCCAUCUUGUCAUCUGUAUAAAGUACCCUUUUAUUUAUUUCAAAUCAAUAAAUAUUAACUUUUGUUCCUA